AUGAGAGAGGGGAUUGGUGUGGGUCUCAUCAUUGGGUUGAUCUGUCUAUGGCGCGCUGGUUGGGUCUUGCAGGCUGCGGAGGAAACGCACGAGAAAGAGCUGAUGGAGGAGCGAGCGAGGACUCGGAGAGCCGUGGAGAAGAACAAGCUCCUCCUGACAGAGAUGUCGAGGAUGAACGCGUCUGUGUCGGGAGUGAUAUCGGGGCUGGACUCAGUCUCUCAUGCUGUAGAGAGCGCAAGGCUCCACAUGAAGGCCUCGGACAAGGAGAGUGACGCCGAAGUGGCGAGGGAGCAGGCGAGGAGGCUGGAAGAGCAGCUGGUCGAACUCAAGAGGGAGAACGAGCAGAUCAAGAAGACCCUCCAGCAGAGUUUGGAGCCUAAAGCAGCUGCGGAGGAUCCCGGCGCUGCCAAGAAGAGUUGGCUGACGCUGGGAAUCCCGACGGUUCCAAGGAAGGACAAUCUUCGGUACCUGGAGGAGACGGUAGAUGCGAUCGUGGCACAGCUACCGACAGAUUCUGAUCAUCCUCUCUACAAGAAAGUGAAAGUUGUAGUCUUGAACAAUCAGCCCGGAAAGCACGAGGUAUUCGAUCAAGUGAAAGCGAAAGUGGACAAGAGCCCAUACGCUCCAUACUUCAAAUUUGUAGAGCGAGGAAUUCAGAUUACCGACAAUAUCCAGAACCCUGAGUCGGACGCCAACAUACCAGGGUCGAAGGUUCGCCGUCAGACGCGAGCAGUCGUGGCAAUGAUGAGAGAGAGCAUCGGGCUUUCAUCGUACUUCAUGUUCAUGGAGGACGACUUCAUCUUGUGCCCCAACUUCUUCUGGUCCGUCGCGUAUGUCUUGGGUAAGGCACGCCUCUACAAGCCUCUAGGAUGGAGCGGGAUCAGGGUCUCCUAUGGUCUCUGUGGGAUCCUGCUGCACGACUCCGACGUUACCGAAGUUGCCAAUUACCUCGAGCAGCACCAGGCAAGGAGACCGCCAGACCAUCUGCUGUCUGAGUGGAUCGGCGCCGAAACCAAGCAAGCUCAACAUUAUUUGCAGCAACGGAGAAAUCUUGGAUACCGCUUCAACAUCUUGAAUCACAUUGGGAUUGUUUCCUCUCUCAGGAACGCGAUGCAGACUGGUUGGCCGGGCUGUUACGACGAGCUCGUCUUCCCCACUGUCUUCGAAGGUGAAGCAUGGAACCCAAAGACUUGCAGCGAAGACGAUCUAUGGCCGUGUGAUGUUCAAAAGAAACAGUCGCAGCGUUCUUGGAUCCUUUUCAACGUGCGGGGGAAGAGGAAUGCAGAGGUUGCCUUGUGGAAAUCCCAGGAGCUGAAUGCACAGCCCUCUGAUCUGCCGGUUCUUGGAUGA